AUGCCUCGAGUGGCUCAGGUACCCCGCGCUGGAAGCGUCAGAGCGACCUCCGGGUCCAUGAACACCUCACCCUUCAAGAAUUCUCCUGUCAAAAUCCCCCUCAACGACGAUGUGGAAGAGAAGGCACGACGAGCGCAAUCCCGCCAUGCGCUGCAAGAGCGACAGAAGAACGAACUGAAAGCUGCUGCCGCGACACCGCUGCGCAAGAAGAGGCAGAGCUCAAGCUUAGAAGAUCUCGAGAAUUCCCCCGGAGGUUCCAGACCCAAGACACCCGGCGCUCGACACAGCCGCGGUCGCCACGCCGAAGAUGACGACGACGAAGAUAUCGUUGUUAGCGGAAGCACUGUUACGCCCAUGAAGCGAGUCCCGAUUCUCGCUAACUUCGAGGAGUGGAUGAAGAUGGCCACUGAUAACAAGAUCAAUGCAAACAACUCCUGGAACUUUGCCCUGAUUGACUACUUCCACGACAUGUCUCUUCUCAAGGAGGGUGAUGGCGUCAACUUCCAAAAGGCCAGUUGCACGCUGGAUGGCUGUGUCAAGAUCUACACCAGCAGAGUCGACAGUGUCGCAACAGAGACCGGCAAGCUUCUUAGUGGUCUCGCAGACAAUAACAGCAAGAAGAAGGACCGUGAUGGCGAUGAUGCCGAGGGCGAAGAGAGCGAGGAAGAGGUCGACGAAGACGGCAACGUGAGGAAGAAGUCGAAGCGAAAGACUCAACGAUCCUCAGAAGCGACUCUCGCACCAAACUUCUCCUCUCUCCAACUCAAGAAGUUCGAGCUCGAAUUCGCCGUCGACCCCUUGUUCAAAAAGACAUCCGCAGACUUCGAUGAGGGUGGCGCAAAGGGCUUGCUCCUGAAUCACCUUAUGAUCGACUCUCAAGGACGCAUCGUCUUCGACAGCAGUGACGAUGUUGGCGAUGCGAAGACCUCAAAGACAAGAAAGAAGGACACCGCGGAGGAUGAGGAAGACGGAACUCCUGAGCCUUCCAUGGUGGACGAGCCCGAACCCGAGCCCGAACAGACCGAAGACGUUGAAAUCGAUCUGGGUGCCCUCGGUGCGAAAUUCUUCCCCGAUGUGACCAUCGUCGAUGAGCUGGACGUUUGCCCGUCUUUGAAGACGUUCGAUCUCGGCAAUCCCUCCGGCUCUAUGGACAUCCCUUUCCUAAGGGCACCGGAAGACUGGAGAGGCGAAAAGGAGAAGACCGCUGAUCCGCUUGGCGAUAACUCCGGCAUGUUUAUCGACGGCGACAACGCUGCAGGUUUCGACGAUGACGACCUUGGCCUCGGCGGCUUCGAUAUCGGCGGCGAUGUCGCAUUCGGCGAGGGUGGUGAGGCUUGGGCCAAGGAAGCAGCUCUCGAACCGCAAAUGCGGGUCUACGAUGCCGGCCUUGGCAACGAUAAUGGCGAAGGCGGCGAUGUCGAGAUGCUUGACCAGGAUAACGGCGACUUUGUCAUUUCCAUGAGCCAUGCGCAAACCGCCGACAAGAUGCACGAGGAUAUCCUUGGGUACUUUGAUCACGCUCUGCAGAAGAACUGGAGCAGCGCCGAACACUGGAGAAUCAGAAAGAUCAAGGACAUCAACAAGCCCGCGGCCCCUGCUCGGCAGCGCAAGGAAAAGGAGCCCUUCGAAAUUGACUUUGCUGCGCCUCUCGACCAGACCUUGGCCGAUGUCCUGUACACGAAAGCCUCAAGCAACUCAGCCAUCUCCAUGCCCAAAAAGGAUUGGAUCUCGAAAUCGCGGAAUCUGCUGCCGGACGACAAGCACUUCAGCUCCAAGUCACUCCUCAACCUGUUCCUCAAGCCCAAGGCUCGUCUCAGCAGGAGACGCGUCCUUGGCAACAAGGGAGGCGCCUUCGGCAAUGGAGGUCAAGACAUGGACGUUCCAGCGGGCGAGAUGGACGAGGCAUUCUGGGCGCAGCAGAAGGAGCCGAUGCACGGCACCGAGGAGGAAACGGCACUGCCCCAGGGAGAUUACGACGCGAACUUCUUCCAAGACGAUGCCCUUCCCUUCGCUGGCGGUCUCGAGGACGAGGAUGAUGAGUUUGCCGAUGCUCGCGAGCACCUGUCUCCCGGCGCCGAGGGCGACCCGGGAGCUACCGAGACAGCAGGUAUGACCGCUCUGCUCGGCAGCGACGCAGUCACGAACGCCUUGACCGGCGCCUUUGGCACCACAUUAGUCACCCAGACUCGCCGUCUCCGGCCAGACUACGUGCAAUAUGCUCGUGUGGCCAAGAGAGUGGACGUCAGGCGACUAAAGGAAGAAAUCUGGAAGGGCAUGGGUCUCGAGAGUCUCGAGCCAGAAGCCACCGCAACUCCCACACCAAGCCCGCCCGAGGACCCUUCAAAGGACCCGACCCUGAAGUUCACCGACGUUAUGAACAACCUGCAGACAGUCUACAACAAGCCGCAGAUGGAGGACAUCUCCACAAGUUUCUGCUUCAUCAGUCUGCUCCACCUGGCCAACGAGAAGGGCCUGGUUGUCGAGAAGACGCCGGAUCUCACAGAGCUCAUGAUCCGCAAGGACUGGACGGCCGAGAUCUCUGCAGGCGGCGAUUAA